UCGUUUAUUAGCAAGGCAACUGUUUGUUUAUUCAGGGCGGACCCUCUCUUUUCAGCAGGGUCCAAGGUUCUUGUUUUUAACAUUUGCCGUCCAUCGUUAAUCAUCAAAAUGGAAACAUGAAGAUCUGAGAGGUGUAAUUAAGUGUCAGCGUUGUUAUAAUCCUGUGAGGCGGCGGCCGUUGGGCAAGGAUGAGGGAUCUUCAAGCCAUUGACAGCUUGCUCCUGAAAGAGCUGAAGUCAUGUCGUGCACAAGAGCACAACUUUCUUCCCAGAGAGGCUGGCCUGAAGCUGAUGGAGUCGGCAUCCACAGAGAAUCACAGUGGAGUGUCUGCGAAAUGCAGAAACACCAGAGUGGAGGAACUGUGGGGCCUGACCAGUUUCUUUGGCUACAGCACCCAGACGUUUGUUCAAGCUGUCAAUUUGCUCGAUAGAUUCCUCACCAUCAUGAAGGUGCAGCCCAAACACUUGCCCUGUAUUGGAGUCUGCUGUCUUCACAUUGCAGCCAAAAUGGUUGAGGAAGAGAAAAAUAUCUCACCCACCCAUGAACUCAUUCGCAUCAGCCAAAGCAAGUUCACCGUGUCAGACCUCUGUCGCAUGGAGAAGAUCGUUUCACAAAAGCUCAGCGUGCAGCCUGAAGCAGUGACAGCCUUAACGUUUCUACACCUCUACUACUCAGCCCUCACAUCCCUGUCUGCUGGAAGGGAGGAGAUCCCAAGCAUUGGGAGACUGGAAGCCCAGCUAAAAGCCUGCUUAUGCCGGCUUGUUUUCUCUAAGGCAAAACCAUCAGUGCUGGCACUGUCCCUCAUUGCUCAGGAGUUUGAAGCCCACCAGUCCAUCACCUUGUUGAAGAUUGUACAGCAAUUCCAAAGACACCUGAAGAUCGGCGACAGUGAGCUCCUUCACUGGAAGGAACUUGUGGCCAAAUGCAUGACUGAAUACUGCUCAAGUGAAUGUAACAAACCAGACAACAAAAAGCUUGUUUGGAUCAUUUCCAGAAGAACUGCACAGAAUCUUCAGGCCAAUCACUUCAGUGUGCCCGGCCUGCCAACUAUUCCCGAGGGGAGCUGGGAUGAGAGUGAGAGCGAGGACUCCUGCGAAGACAUGAGCUGUGGAGAAGACAGCCCCUGUGGUUCGCCAGGAAGUGACGGCGAAGGAUCCUUCUUCCCGUCCACCUUUCUCAACCGCAAAAAGUGACGAGUCCUCAUUGUGCAGUAGCAACAGAUGUGUAUUUUAUCCUUGAACUGUAUCUGAUUUAUGGUGGUCGCCAUGUAUCAAAGCAAACCUGCGUGUUUCACUUGUCACGCCACCGUAGGUACGACAAGAGACAGGUUUCAAUCAUUAAGUGCCUGUGUUAAUUCAGUUUACUGUCCGAUUCUUUAAUGGUUCAAAAACAUAUCGUAUAAAUGCAAAAUGGAAAUUUGCACUAUCUCGGCAGCUUGAUAGUAACGCAUCUGAUUGUCUUUUUUCCAAGAUGUUCUCUUUGUGUUUUUUGUGUCCGAGCUCGGCGCAUUCCAGGAAAAGCAGUGAAACACAAGGGAGAACUCGUGUGUGUCAGUCAUGAGGUACACUCACUGUUGAAUACCAGCUCACACAAUAGCACAUACUCAGUCUUUUUUUAAACCUCUUUUUAUACUCAAUACCAUACAUAUAUACACACAUUGUAUGUUCUACGUGUGUACGCAAUCCUAAUGUGACAUAGAGGACCUUGUAGUGUGAACAUACGAGACCGUAUUAUGCAUGGAUACAUUGA